UGUCCCCUGCUACUUCCUUCUCUUGCUGAUGUGUGGUUCAAUCUUGGCAUCACGCUCUGAUACUUCCCCAGAUACGGCUUUCUGCCUCUCCUGCUACCAGGGCACCAUAUCUGUUCUGCAAUUGUGGACCUGUAGGUGGAGAAGGAACUGCCAUCCUUGUGCCAGAAGUCAUGUUAGGCAACCUAAGGCUUGGAAGGCAGUUUCCCUGGUGCUGCUGUGCACCGUGGCUGUGGUGUCCUUCGGUUUUUACUGCGAUGGAAGUCUUGCUGGAGGCUCAAGGGCAGUGGAAAAAAAGACUUCAUGGCUGGUGGGUGAUGAUCUGGAAAUGCUGAGGGUGGAACAAGAGCUCGACAAGAUCCAGCAGCAGCUUCGUUUCCUGCAAUGGGGAGCAAAGGACAUCACCCUGCGUGCUCUCCACGAGGCCCUGAAGAGAAAUGAGCUCCCAGGCUUUACCGGCGAGGCUGUUCAAGAGAUGAUCAAUCAAGUCCUGGAGAAGCUGGAAGAAAGCCCAUUCCAGAUGCGUAAUUAUGCCAGCAAAACUUCAGGCGCCGCUAUCGUUCGUUCCAAGACUUCUCCCUCCUGGAUUGGAAGCGGGAAAGUCUUCUGGUACUCGUUGCUGGUGACACCAUAUAUGAGGCCUCCUGAGAUUAUUCUUGAGCCUGACAAUCAGCCAGGUAACUGCUGGCCCUUCCCAGGAAGCCAAGGGCACGUCUUCAUCAAGUUGCCCAGGGCCAUCUUUCCCACGGCAGUUACGUUAAACCAUGGAGUUCCAGCAACGGCCUACCAUGCAGACAGCACCUCCAGUGCUCCUAAGGACUUUGCUGUCUAUGGCCUGCAGGAAGAAGGUGACGAGGAAGGAACUUUGCUAGGAGAGUUCACCUUCACGCCAGGCCAGGAUCCCAGUCAGACCUUCCAGCUGCAGAACGAGCACUCCGGGUUCAUCAAUUACAUCAAGCUGCGAGUGCUGAGCAACUGGGGCCACCCGGACUAUACCUGUGUGUAUCAGUUCAGGCUCCACGGCAAUCCAGCCCCUGACGGUGAAGCUAAGGGAAAGCCACUUGGUUUACCUUUCAUGGAGGAGUCUCCAGAUCUGAGCCCGUGACAGGGGCACAAACCCAGGGGACGAAAGAGAGUGGCAACAAAAAUUACCCUACCUUCUAACAGCGCGGCACAUCCGGCCCCGGCUCUGUGACUAACAAGGCAAGGCACGAUGCGGGCCGUGCGCUCCAGGAGAGGGGGAAGGGAGACAACACGUGUGUCUGACAACAAAAAAAAAAACCCCCACCAACAAAAACAGAAUCAACGGCAACUGUCUGAGGAGGAGCUGAAUUUACUGAAUCCAACAAAAUCAAACAAAAUGAGAGAGACGGAAGUAUCCAAAAUACAAGAUCUCAUGUUAGAAGACUGCAGGGGAAGCACGUGCUUUUCUCCGUGGCAAACCAAGAGUGGGAAGAAGAGGCUGGUGUCCUGCCAGUAGCUCCACCUUUCUUCCUCUGCGCGCUAGGUCCUCGGGAAUGCCGCUCCUCCCCUCCCAUCCGAGGACCCCACGUGCCCAUGAAUGGCAGUUCAAGGAACCAGAACAUUAACUCUUUAACUCCCACUAUUUUACGUGAUCUUCUGAGGUGGAAUAUCAGCAACAAAAAUCACAAAGCCACAACGUUAACAUCAAAUAUAACAUCAAUUCAUUCAACUUUUCCCAUGUUGAGUCUCUUUUGUCCGUCAGAGUAAAUGUUAAGAGAUCUCCCUAUUGUCUAUCUCGCUCCAUAAGCCUUUUCAUUCCCUUUUCUCCUGCUCUCCUGCUGGGGAGGAGGAGGGAGGGAGCGGCUGGUUGGGAGUUGGCAAAGUGAUCCCAAGAUACUGCAUUUUCCGAUCCCUGUUGAAGCACGGAUGGGAGUCAGCAGGAACUGCUGCCCCCUUGGACUUCCAGAGGGCAGACCUUGGCCUCCUUUGGACCGUGGUUGAGAAGGUGCCUUGGGAGGCAGUUCUGGAGCGCACAGCAGCCCGGGAAGGCUGGGCAUACUUUUAGGGAAGUUAUUUUAAAAGUGCAGGAGCUGACCGUCACCGAGUCAUGGAAGACAAGUUGACGGGCAAGGAAGCCGGUCAGGCUGAACAGAGACCUCUGGCUGGAACUCGGGAACAAAAGUAAAGUUUUUGGUAUUUGGAAGAAUGGGCAAGCAACUUAUGACAAUUACGAGUACGUAGUGAAGCCGUGCAGGGAGAAAAUUAGAAAAGCCAAAGGCCAGCUAGAACUGAACUUGGCCACUAAGGUGAAGGACAACAGUAAAUAUUUCUGUAAAUACAUCAGCAGCGAGUGGAAGGCUAGGGAGAGUCUCCAUCCCCUGCUGGAUGAUGCUGAGGGCAACGUGGUGACCAAGGGUCAGGAUAGGGCUGAGGUACUUGUUCUGUAUGAUUUACAAACAUACAGAUAGCAGAGUGGCGUGGUUAGGAUGGUAUUAUACGGGUUUUAUCAUUAGAAAGAUUAUCGUGGUGGAAAGGGAGAAUCAAAAAUUAGACGCUCAGCCGUGGCCUAGGCUCGCAGUAGAAAACUGCAAAGGGAGGGAUCUCCGGAAAGAGAUCCUUCCCCAGCGGCAGUCAGCCCUCAAAUGGGGCCUGGGAGAGGUGGAGCCAGGCUGCACCCCUCCGGGUCACACAGUUGAACUGCCUCCACCCGUGCUCCUGUGGCUGAGUCAGUCCUUGCCUCAGGCGAUCAAUCAGUGGUUCAGGCUGUGACUCAGCAGCUCCCAUACACCUUCUUUGCCUCAGUCCUUAAUAGUAAGACUAGUUACUCCCUGGGCACACGGCCCCUUGUGCCGGUAGGUAGGGAUGGGGAACAGAAUAGGCCCUGCACAAUCCACGAUGAGAUGGUUUGGGACCUGCUCUGAAAGCUGGGUGCUCACAAGUCCGUGGGGCCAGAUGGACUGCAUCCUAGGGUGCUGAGGGAGUUGGCGGAUGUGGUUGCCGAGCCACUCUCCACCCUCUUUUGGCAGUCCUGGCUAACUGGAAACGUCCCAUUGGACUGGCAAACGUGACACCCAUCUUCAAGAAGGGCUGGGAAGGUGAUCCUGGUAACUACAGACCUGUAGUCUCACCUCGGUGCCAGGGAAGGCCAUGAAAUGGAUCAUCUCGGGUGGCCUCACGGACCAGUUAAUGGUAAGCUGGGGGUGAGGCCCAAUCAGCAUGGCUUUAUGAAUGAAGGUAUGGCUGUCAAUGUGGUCUGCCUGGACUUCAGUAACGCCUUUGGCACCCUCCCCCACAACAUUCUUGUGGAGAGGCGGCUGCCAACGGUUUGGAUGGGCGUACGCUCCGCUGGGUGAAACGCCGGGCCCAAAGAGCUGUGGUCAGUGGAGUUAAGUGCAGUUGGCGGCCAGUCCAGAGUGGUGUCCUCCAGGGCUCGGUACUGAGGCCGCUUCUGUUUAACAUCUUUAUUACCGAUCUUGAUGAGGGAAUUGAGUGCACCCUCAGUGGGUUUGCGGAUGACUCCAAGUUGGGAGGGAGCGUUGCUCUGCCAGAGGGGGGAAAAGGCACUACAGAGGGACCUGGGUCGCUGGGCCGCGGUAAACUCUAUGAGUUUCCGUAGGGCCAGGUGUCGGGUCCUGCAUUUUGGUCACAACAGCCCCAGGCAACCCUACGGGCUUGGGGAGGGGUGGCUGGAAAGCUGCCUGACGGAAAAGGACUUGGUGUACUGGCGGACAGUCGGCUGACUAUGAGGCAGCAGUGUGCUCAGGCGGCCAAGAAGGCCAGUGGGAUCCUGGGUUGCCUUCCAAAGAGCGUGGCCAGCAGGUCAAGGGAGGUGAUCCUCCCCCUCUCCCCUGCCCUGGUGAGGCCGCAUCUGGAGUACCGUGUCCUGUCCCGGGCUCCUCAGCGCAAGAAAGACAGGAAACUUGUAGAGAGUGUGGAGCGGAGUGCUGGAAGGAUGUGGAGUGUGCCCUCCAGGAGGAGGUUGAGAGGUUCAGGAGUAUCAGAAAGCGUGAGCGGGAGGCAGGCUUGUGGUGUAAGCCUCUGAGAGGUAGACGUGGGGGUGAUACUCAUCAGGCAGGGGUGGGCCCCCUGCCGUUGCCGAGCAGAGCGAGGCAGUUUGAGAGAAGAGGAGGAGUGGAAAUGGGUCCCGGCCAGGCGAUGUAGGCAAGCGCCGUCCCGACCAAGCUCGGUUCCCCAGGUGCCUCUGCAAAAUAGGCGUGAGGCCCCGGAACUCGAGGGAGAGGUGGAUCAGGGUGUGGGGGAAGGUCCACUUGCGAGGCUGUCCCGGGCGAAGCAGUCGACCUCACGCAUCAAGACUGCCUCCACCGGAAGGAAAGAAGGGUGGCUGUCAUUGGCAGCUCCCUGCUGAGAGGAGCGGAGGGCCCUGCAUGUCAGCUGGACCCUACCAGUAGGGAGGACUGCUGCCUCCUUGGGGCGCGGGUCAGGGCCGUUUCUGGGAAACUUCCUGGUCUCACUGGCCCUUCUGAUUAUUACCCCUUAUUGACAGUUCAGGCCGGCAGUGAUGAAGUCACUGAGAAAAGCAUGAGGACUAUGAAAAAAGACUUCAGAGGACUUGCGCGGGUAGUUGAUGGAGCGGGUGUGCAAGUGGUUUUUUCUUCUGCCCCUUCCGUGGCGCGGAAGGAUACAAAGAGGAUCAGCAAAAGCCACCUCACAAACAAAUGCCUUAGAGGUUGGUGCAAUCAGAAGAAUUUUGGUGUUUUUUUGACCACGGGAUAAUUUACUUGACAUCUUAUAAAAGGCAACAACUGACGUGCAUGUACGUGCGUGGAAAUUCUCACGAGCAGGGAGAACUACGUGCAGUUUUUUCCUGUUGGUGCUUUCUACCAGCAUCUGUGGUCCUUCAUAUCUGCUUGUGCCCUGGCUGUAAUGAAGCACUGGCUGACAGUAGGAAGACAGAUAUAGGAAAGCAUUGGAAAAGUCUGGGUACCCGGAGUGAGACAUCUGAUGUACAGGGCAUCAAAAGCAGGGACCGAAAAAGGCAGGCGGCUUGUAGCUCCCAGCCCGUUCCCCUUCAGCAAAAUCCUACCAAGCAGGCUGCUGGGCAGGAGGUGUUUGGUUUUUUUUGACCUUGUAGGAUCUUUUCCCCUGCAGGCAGGAGGUGCAAAGCCUGUUCCCUGUCCCUCAAAACAUGGCGCUGGCUGCUCUGCGGUGACAUCACUGGCCAUUGUGAAGUCACAAAGGGCCCUCAGCACUGAGGCAGCUUGUCCCCGCCCUUGGCCACUCUCGGUCCUGACGGCAUAGCUGUUGGACAGGGUUUGGCUCACUCCUUGCGAGCUGCGUCUUUUGUGGCUUGU